AUACUGGCCGGUGGCAGAAAUAGCAUCAGACAGUCGCUUGUAAAAAUCCGCGAAGCUAACAAACCCGACACAGCACUGCGCUCAGCCCGAAGCGAGUUAGUGCAUCGUUGCUAAAGACGAAACAAACCCGGAUCCCUAUUUAGCUGAUCAACCAGCCGCAAACGUGGCGAGAAAUAUUAUCCAAACGAGUCUGGUACUCAACAUGAGCACGGAGAUGUUCGCUAAAACACCAAUGGAGGUUGCCGUCUACCAGUUGCAUAACUUCUCCAUCUCUUUCUUCUCCUCUUUACUCGGAGGAGACGUUGUUUCGGUCAAACUUGACAACAGUGCCUCUGGUGCUAGCGUUGUGGCCAUUGACAACAAAAUCGAGCAGGCCAUGGACCUUGUCAAGAACCACCUGAUGUAUGCAGUGCGUGAGGAGGUGGAGAUCCUCAAGGAACAGAUCAAGGAGCUGGCUGAGAAGAACAACCAGCUGGAGAGAGAGAACUACCUGCUGAAGAACCUAGCCAGUCCAGAGCAGCUGGAGAAGUUCCAGUCGCGCAUCCCGACGGAUGUGCUGUUACCCCUGGACAAUCAGAACAUCCAGGGCACUCCGGAACAGCAGCAGCAGCAGCAGACCUGCAACCACAGCACUGGUUCUGCUGUAUAAGUGGCUCUGCCUUGGGGCGGGCAGAGCCACUGUCUCUUUCCAAUUAUGGACCUCCAUUUGAAUGAAAGCGUCAUUAAAUCGCUGCCGCAGAGAUCUCUUCAAAACAAUGAAGGUGAAGCAUCUGGGCUUUAAAUGACCGAUGGGACACAAACGAACUGUUGACACUGAUAAGCACAGACCAGAACUGAAGACGCUCUGACCGGUGCCGUGUCAGGCCCGUCCUCUGAUACCGUCCAGCUUUUUGUCAUGUUCCCUCUAAUGUAGACGAAAGUGUUAAGAGUAGCGAGAAGGUUCUGACUAGACACAGUCGAGAACUUGCUGACAGAGGGCGGCUUUCCCUGCCUAGCCUAACCCUUCCCAAUAGGUGAGAAGGUGUUGAUCGGGCUGGCCCUGCAGGUGCUUGACUUGGAAAAGUGUGGAGAGUUUGCUCUUCCAUUACUCACAGGAAACCCAUCUGAGACGGCCCUCCAGGUCUCAGUGCGAGGCGCCCCAUUGCGUGGAUCUGUCUCAAAAGCCUUGCAGCAGUACAUUUCAGCCACAUAACAAAGACUUUACCUGUACCGACAACGUAUUGCUGAUGUGUUUGUGUACAUCCGAGCAUAACACCAAUAAUUAACACAAUAAGCUGGGCAACAGAGGUAGAGGUCAGUACAGAUUAAUGUUUUUAGAGCUGGUGAACCGAUCAGUAUACUGUUAAUGAUUCAAAAAGUGUAAUUUUGUAUUGCCUGCAGUUGGGGCUUGCUGCUUAUGGGGGAAAAUUAAUCCUGCUCUGUUUUUGUUUUUGAUUUUUGGAACAAAAAUCAGUCGUUUGUAAAGUAGGAACAUUGUGUUUUUUUUUUCUUCAAACGUUUCUUUUUUUUUGUAAUAUAUGGUGCAUAUCUGUUUUCCUAACUCUUGACGGAAUAACUACAAUGUACAUAGAGUUUAAAAGUCCUGAGAUUAACAUAGUAUCGCUUACUUGCAAGCAGACACCUGCAUUUCUCGCUGCAGAUGCACUCCUGACUGUAGCAGCGUCGUCCAGCGUCUGGCCUGUUUACCUGCUCAGAUGCCAACUCGAAAACAAUGGCAUGACAACAGUGCCUGUAAAGAAAGAGAGGAACGCAUUCUCACACUGUCCUCAGUUGCUGCUGCUGUUGUUGUUGUUGUUUUCUAGCUACCAAAGACUCGUUAUGUUUUCCACACAACAGCAGACGCUGAGCAAACCAGGACCAUGUGCAAAACUUCACAGGGAGAAGUCUACGUCAUAACUAGAGCUGACCUUUGUAUUUGUUUUGUAAAAGAUGACUGUAUUGUUGCUGUAAUGUAUCCUCAAAAGAGUUGUUCACUAGAUGUUUGGAUACGACUGCACAUUUGCAAUAAACCUUGUUUACAUUAUAAAAUAA